UCUUCGAUACAACAUGGCUACUUUCUCUUUCACUCUCCUUCCUCUCUCCCUCCUCCUCCUCCUCCUCCUCCUCGUUCCGGCGAUCUCUGACAUUGUCGACGACGCGUGUUCAGAGAGCGCUGCCGCCGACCCCAACAUCGACUACGGCUUCUGCGUCGCGGCGCUGCGCUCUAAUCCGGCGAGCGGCCGCGCGCGCGACCUCGGCGCCCUGGCGCGCGUGGCGCUCCGGCUGGCCCGCGCCAACGCGACCCACGCGCGGGCGGCUGCCAAGGCGCUGCUGCGGGAGAACAAGAGGGCUGGGUCAGGGCGGCGGUCGCCGGCAAUCGCGGCGGCGGGCGAGGUCUGCGUCGAGGUGCUCGGGGACGCCGCCAGCGGGCUCAAAGCCGCCGCCCGGGCCGUGAAGGCGGGGCGGCUCGACGACGCCGACGCCUACGCCGCCGCAGCAGUGGACGCGCCCGGCGACUGCGACGACGCCUUCGAGGAGGAAGGCGUGGCGUCGCCGCUGGCGGAGCAGGAUUUAGGGCUGUGGCGGCUGUGCGUCGUCGCGCUCGCUAUCACCGCUCGAUUGGCGUCCGCUUCCGUGGAGUCGAAGCAGAGUAAUGAACCAACCGUUUGCUUCUACUCAAAGUAAACAAACAGAGUAUGCCUUAACGUUGCUGUAUAAAUCCCUUUAUAUAUAAUUCUUCAUAUUAUAUUGUGAGAUCAAUUUCUAGUAUGAA